AUGGAGCUGGCACUGAACAAUGCAAGCAAUACGCUUCUGAUCAUACAGAAUUUGUUGACGAGCAACGAAAGUCUAGAUCCUUUUGCUGUGGUUUGCUUGAAGGACUGCUUGCAGCUCUAUUCGGACGGCAUCAGAACCUUGGUCGAUGCUGUUGGAGCAUUUCUAGGUGAGCAAUAUGACAACGCCAAUAUCUGGCUGAGUGCAGUUAUGCAAGCAUCAGAUACAUGUGAGGAAGGCUUUAAGGAGAAGGAAGGUGAAGUGUUACCGUCUCCAUUGACAAAUGAGAAUUACAAUCUUUUUCAAUUAUGUGAUAUUGCACUGUGCGUAGGGCACCUGCUUACCUCAGAUUCUACCAUGUUGAUGAGAUCCUCUGCAACUUAA